AUGCACCUGCUGCUUGGCAUCCAGUUUGCUACAGUUGCAAGUCCCUCGGCGCGCUUUGUUUUUGUUUAUGCUGGGCAGGCACAAGCUGACAAUGCUCCAUCAUGUCCAGCGUACGUGCGGCCAAACAAAUUACAGGGGCACUGCGUCACCUGCAGGAAUUUCCAAGCCACAUUGUCAAAUGCCAUCAAAAGUUGUUGGACAUGUCGUAACAUUAAUUUGACAUUUUACUGCAUUGCACGUGGGCCAAAAUGGGGUUGGUAA